AUGCCUGGUGUUCCACCCGACGCCCUCGAGCAGGUCAAGAGAGGCUUCAAACGCUUCUUCAGCAGUCGCAAGAAGGCAGCGAAGAAGCAACCAGCUCAGAAGGCCGAACCCGUCCCUGCUGCUGCUGCUGCGACCGCUGCCCCCGUCGCUGCUGCGGCCAGUCAGACAGCUCCCGCGGAACCCACCGCCCCCGCUGCCACCCCGGACUCUGCCCCCGAUGCUACUAAGGCGCCCGAGGCAAAGGAUGUGAGCACUGCGGAGCCUGUCGCUUCCCCUGAAAUGUCGGCCACUGCCGGCCCCGUCGAGACUCAUUAUGAGCCUGAGGCUGUUGCUGCUGCGCCUGAACCUGUUGCGCAGUCAGAAGCCCCUGUUGCUACGACCGAGGCCCCUGCUUCUAAGCCCGAGGAGCCUGCCGCUAAGGUUGAGGAAGCUGCUGUUAAGCCCGAGGAGCCUGUUGCUAAGACCGAGGCCCCUGCUACCGAGGCCCCUGCUGCUAAACCCGAGGCUGCUGCUGCCCCCGAGGAACCUGCUGCCAAGGCCGAUACGCCCGCUAAAUAG